AUGACUACCUCUCGCUAUGGUAGCGAGGACCAGUAUGCUAUUACCUACUCUAUAACGCUUACCGUGAAGCCCGGCGUCACUCCUACGGGUGGCUCGACCAUCUCGACCAAGACUUACAUCCCUUCGCAGGUAACGAAUCAGGUCUCGGUCGAGUCGCGGGUUACGUCCGUCGGCACGGCGGCCGGGGGAUAUACAUUCGUCACGGCGUACCUACGUCCUAGCGCCAUCUCGACGAUCCAGCCGCAGACGACCGACUACGUGUACAGCUAUUACGUCCGCAACUGCCGGAACCCGACGGCCACCGGCAAGGCCUACUAUGGUCCCAAUAGCGGGAGCGGGGACAGCGGAGGCAGCGGCAACAGUGGCAGUAGCGGCGGUGGUGACGACCUGGACCGAUGGGGAGUGUGUUCCGCCCUCACGGGCUGCACGACGCUUAAGGUCUGGAUUAUCGUCGUCGCCACUAUCCUCCCGAGCAUUUUCCUCCUGGGUUUCGUCGAGAACUAUAUCUGGUUCCGUCGCCUUAUGAUCGGCAAGACUGCUCUCCGCUUCGGCACCGUCUGCUGGGUUUUACUCUCGCUAUGGAUCCUCUGCUUCACCCGUAAGCAGCCUGCGAGAUCUCCCGAGGACUAA